AUGAGAUCUUCUUUCAGCAAAGCUCUGCCGCUGGCGGCCACUCUCUUCCUUUCCUCCGCCAAGGCGCAGACCAAUGACACCAAGUACCUUCUCGUCUUCGGCGACUCCUACUCCACCGUCGGCUUCUGGCCCGGCGGCGACCAACCCUCAGCCAGCAGCCCUCUCGGCAACCCCGCCUUGCCCGGCACGACGACGAGCGGCGGGCUCAACUGGGUGGGCCAGGUGACGUCGACGCUGAACACGACGCUGACGCUGACGUGGGACUUUGCCGUGUCGGGCGCGACGACGGACAAGGACAUCGUCGACAGCUACGCCAGCGCCUGCGUCGACGACCAGGUCGACCAGUUCGACCAGUACCUGAGCGGCAAGCCGCCCGGCGACGACUCGCUCGUCGUGUUCUGGACGGGUAUUAACGAUGUUGGCGAGUCGUUCUGGGAUGGGACGGCGGCGCCGAUUGAGAAGGUGAUGGAUCGGUAUUUUGAGUUGUUGACGCAUCUGUUUGAUGCCGGGGUGAAGAAGUUUGUGUUGUUUACUGUGCCGCCCUUCAACAACGCCCCCGCCUUCGCCCAGCAGGACGAGACGAAGGUGGCGCAGCUCAAGAGCGACAUCUCCGACUACAACGCCGCCCUCGAGACGCGCUUGACCACCUUCAAGGCCGCCAACAGCGGCGCCCAGGGCCAGGUCUUCGACACGACGCCCUCGUUCGAGAAGGUCCUGAGCGACCCGUCCGCCUACGGCUUCACCGACACCACCUGCCAGAGCAGCGACGGCACCUGCGUCUGGACCGACUCCUACCACCCCAGCGUCAAGGUCCACGAGCUGGUCGCGAAGGCCUUCAUCGAUGCCAUCGGUGAUUUGUGGUAG